UAUACCCACCCCGUUCCACAAAAUAUACCCGCCCACAAACAGACAGACAAUGUAUUUUUGAAUUACACUUAAUCUGAGUACCCUAUUGAAAUGGAAAAUGAUAAACUCCGUUCUCUGGAUAUUACUCUUGCUCGAAAAUGAUCUGAUUGAUGCUGUAAAUGUGUCGGGAAAAGAGGGAAUGAAAGUAACUUUACCGACUGGACUUAAUGAACUAUCUAGUGGCACUAUUAUGGCAUGGUCUUUCCCAUUGAGUCGUUCAGAUUCAUUUGAUAACAUAGCGCUGCUGAAUGCUGGUGUGAUUAAAACGGACUACAGUAGGAGGUUCAAAGACAGACUGAAGCUGGAUACUCAGACUGGAUCUCUCACCAUCAGAAACCUCACCAUCAACGACUCUGGACUUUAUAAAAUACUUAUCAUCAAUACACAGAGUUCAUCUAAGAUUACAAAUCUAACUGUCUAUGCCUCAGUGUCUGCUCCUCACAUCAGUCCCUCAGUGGACAGUCCAUUUGAAAAAGUGAGCUGUUCCUUGGUGUGCACUGUGAAGAACGGGAGAGAGGUGAUCUUGUCCUGGUACAGAGGAGGGGAGAUACUCAACCAGACCAGCAGCCCUGAUCUUCUCACCAAUCUCUCUCUCCCUCUGGAGUUAAACAAAAGAAAUGUUGACACCUACAGCUGUGAGGCUUCCAACCCUGCUGACUCAAAACCAACUCCGCUCAACAUUGAAACGCUCUGCCCUCAAUUGUCCUCACGCUCUGCCCUCAAAGGGUCUGGUCGCAAUCCUGUCCCAAUCGCACUGGUCACAUUGUUAGCAGUUGGGAUAAUAAGUGGUGGUAUAUUCUGGGCAGUUAAAAUAAUAAAAUGUGGAGCCUGCAAGCAAAGAGAAGAAGAAGGAUCCUGAUGUGAACUUUCAGAGAUUGGUACGACAGGACUGGAUUCAAUCACUCCUCUCUCAAAGCUGUGACCUUGGCGUGGUUUAGAGGCUUGUGUGUCUCAAUGACCCUGAGAGCUACACCGGAGGGGGCUUGGGCCCCUGGUAGGUUUAGCCAUUCCGGAUUGGUCUUAGGUCAGGGGCCAGACCAACGACAGCAUUGGUCCUACAUGUUUCACGUUGGGAUGGUGCUAUAGGUUGGCAACCAUAACACUCUGACAAUGUUAAAUACUGUGUAUGUCUUUAUUGUCAUUUUAAAUGUGUCUUUUUCAUAGUAUUGUACCUUUUACUUUUCAAGAAAUAUGCUUGAUAAAAAUGCAAUUUAAUUGUUGUUGUUUAAGUCUUAACAUUUGUCAACCAAAAGGUUGACCUGGUCCUUGUGCUCCAGCUCAGCAAAUUACAUUUACCCCCCCCAAAAAACACAAAAAAGCCAUAAAGAUUUUAUACCGAUCUCACAUUUAUACCUUUCAUUGCCACUAUUGUAUAAUUUGAGUGUCAUUUCACAUACAAAUAGCACCGCUAUUUAUUUGUCUGUUGCAUAAUGUGUAUGUCUUUAGUGUCAUUUCAUUGUGGUGUACUUUACUUGGUAAAAAUACUAUAUUAUUACUGUUAUUUAGGUCAUAACAUUUGUCUGAAAACCAGGAUUAGUAGUAUUUAAACAAUCAAAUUAGUUAAAUCAUGGCACCACAUCCACUCCCUGAAACAGUUUUACCAUUUAUUUUCAAAAUGCUUGUAACCGACUUCCCAAACCUACUGAUCUCAUGGGCAUGUUUAAACUUGUGGAGAAUGUUUUCACAAAGGUUUGUCCUACCUGUAUCUCCGCUCUAGAGAGUCUCUGUUAUGUUUUCCACUAUUUACCAAACGACAUUAAAGCCUGAUAGGAAGGUU